AUGCUGUGCACGGAGCUGGUUAGGGGGAAGGGAAGGGAAGAAGCAUGCAACAAGAAGAGCCCACCUCACCGGCAAACUCACCGCCCUCACUUGCCGUCCUCACUUGCCGUCCUCACUUGCCGUCCUCACUUGCCGUCCUCCCCUGAUCUGCUCACCUGCCUUGUGGAACUGUUGUUCCAUUCUCUCCUUCAGCUGCUGCGCGCGCACCUGGUUAGGUUUUGCUGUUGCUUCCUUGCUCUUACGCUCCCCCCUCCUGCUCCCCUCACUCCUCUUCUCGCUGCUGCUGCUCCUGCCCCUCCUCCCACCUCUGCCCUUCCUCUCCCUGCUCCUGCUACCCCUCCCCCUGCUUCUGCUCCUGCUACCCCUCCCCCUGCUUCUGCUCCUGCUACCCCUCCCCCUGCUUCUGCUCCUGCUACCCCUCCCCCUGCUUCUGCUCCUGCUACCCCUCCCCCUGCUUCUGCUCCUGCUUCUCCUCUCCCUGCUCCUACUCCUGCCCCUCCGCUCCCUGCUCCUGCUUCUGCCCCUCCGCUCCCUGCUCCUGCUCCUGCUUCUGCUUCGCCUUCUCCUCACCCUCUCCCUGCUCCUGCUCCUGCUGCUACGCCUGCUUCUCCUUCUCCUCCUCUCCCUGCUCCUGCUUCUGUUUCUGCUGCGCCUACUCCUUCCCCUCCUCCCCUCCCUUCCGUUGCUCCCGCUGCUCGUGCUCCUGCUCCUCUCCCUGCUCCUCUCCCUGCUCCUCUCUCUGCUCCUCCUUCUGCUCCUCUCUCUGCUCCUCUUUCUGCUCCUCUCUCUGCUCCUCUCUCUGCUCCUCUCUCUGCUCGUGCUUCUGCUUCUGCUCCUGCUGCUGCUCCGCCUUCUCCUAACCCUCUCCCUACUCCUGCUUCGCUCCUUCCGCCUCUCCAGGUCCUUCCGCUCCGCGCUCCUCCCCCCAUCUCCUCCCCUAUCCGCCCGCCUGUCCGCGUUUCCCCCAUCGCUUCCGCCCUUCCGCAGCUUGUCGCGCACACUCGCCACGCGCGCUUCCGCCAGUCCCUCCUGUAG